CUGGUGUUCUGCUGUUCACAGGUCUGCCCUCAGGCUCAUGUCAAUGAUGUGAUCAGCUAGGUAGCACAAGCGCCAAAUUGGGAGGGAGGGUCACCACGUAUCUUAUGUACAGCAUUGAACAUGCUAGGCGUGGAAGGUGGCUCUGUGUCAGAGAGAUGCCCUUGGGAGUCUGAGGACUGGAGUUUCUGCAUACCAUCUUUGACUUGACAACAGCAAGGAACAUCCCGAGCUUGCAGCGCCGCGAGGGUCAGGUCAGAGAUUGCCGGCAGGUGCUGGAUGAAAGGGAUCAUUUGAAAGCUGCCACGAUGAACUUCUUCAGCUCUUUGCUCGGGGAAGAUGUUGUGCCGGAGGCGAAAGAGCCUGCCAAGGGGCAGGACGCAAGCAAGGAGGCCGAAGAGAACUCUAACGAAGCCCCACCAACAAACCCUUCAGAAAGCAGUGGCCUCCUUACAUUCUUUGGCUCGCUCGCCAAAAAGUCAGAGGAGGUCUUGUCAACGUACCAGAAGGACCUGGCUGAGUUUGGGAAGGAAUUGAAGAAGGAGACAAUCAGCGUGGUCGACACGUCAGCAAAGGCAAUCCCGGAAGUGCCCCACAUGUUAGAAACUGGGGCUCAUCAAGCGCAGAACAAUCUGGAGAAAGUUGGCCAUGUCAUUGAGGAUUUUGGAUCUUCCUUCUGGCGAGGGACGACCGAGAUCUUCGGCCAGGUGAAGGAUGCUAUCAAGCAGGCUGAUCACGAGAUCUCGGCAACUGCCAAGCGGGAGAAGGGGUCAUCGUCGUUUUCCACGAUUCCUAGAGGGAAGUACAGCCGGUUUGAGGCGCAGGUCAACGCGAUGCAGCGGGACAGCAGCACGUACUGCGAUGAGCCUGAGGAUGCAGACGACUACGCGAAGUGGAGGGAGGAGUUCAAGCUGGACUCGAAGAAAGAGGAGAUCGAGAAGAUCGGAAAGGAGAACGCCUUUAUGCAGGAACUACAGUCGCGGAUAGUUCCCCUCAUCGUGGAGUACGACACCUUUUGGACCCGGUACUUCUACCGGCUGCACAAGCUGAAGCAAGCGGAGGAGGCGCGCGCCGGCCUGGUCAAGAGGGCCUCCGCUCCCGAAGAGGAGGAGCUCAGCUGGGACGUCGACGAGCCCAACACGCCCGCCGGCGCCCGGCAGCCGCGGUCGCCCCCGGCCCUCCCCCCGGUCCCCGAGACCGAGACCCCGCAGCCCGGGACCGCGGACGAGGAGCCCCCCGCGGCCGCUGACGUCAGCGUGACGUCACCCGACGAGGCGGCGGCGCCAGAAGCCGCGGAAGUGGCGGCGGCCGAGGGUGAGGAGAAGGAGACGGUAACGGAAGGGGCGGCAGCGGACGAGAGCAAGAAGGACUCCCCGGUCGUGCCGGCGUCGCCGCGGGGGCCGAGCGACGAGGAGGGGACGACCAGCGACGGCAGCCCCGAGGGGAGCACGGGCAGCGGGUGGCUGGUGGUUGGGAAAGGUACGGACGCGGUUACGACCGUCAAAGUGUCGCCCACGCCCCAAGUCGCCGAGAAGGAGACGGCCAAGGAGUUGGAGCAACUAGAGGUGGACGAUCUGGACGUCGAGGAGCCGGAGGGAGCUCCAGAGGUUGCGCGAGCGCCCGCGUCCAGGGAGAAGGGCAAGGGGACCGAGGAGGAAGGCGAGGACUGGGGUGCUUGGGAGUAGAGGCGAAAUGGAAGCAAGACGUCUGUUCCUCUUGUAGGCGCUCAUGUAUAUACUGCGUCCUGUAGAUCAGCCGUGUAGAAACAAUUGCAAUCUCAAUCAAUCUCCAGCAGCAAGAAGCUGAGAUGUCUGACGGACGCAGCGUUGCAGUUCUCUGCUGCGGGAGACUGAUGGGCGUGCCCACCACGAUCUGUACAUGCCAACACUGCUGAACUAUACAAAUCAGUAUUGCUUAUUUUGUAUAUGAACAGAUCACUAUAUCAGCGGGACUUAUCAAUGAUCAUUAUGUGAGCUAGAAUACUGCGGUCCUCCUGAAGCAUGCCAGACUUCUGAUCAUGCAAUCAUAGUCGCAGUAGGUUUUACUUUGAUUCUCUUUGUCGAGUCAAGUAGUUGACGCAUGUUAUGGUCAAUUCCCUUACCGGAUGUCUCGGAG